CCCAAUACAUUUCGCUUUGGAUAUAGGCUGCUGUAGCCAUGCAGUGGCACCUCAUGCUGUGGGGGAGAAGAUGCUGCUUUUACAAUGGGAGCAUGUCGUAGGGGUUUCCUGCCGCUAUAUUGGUUGGAUUAUGUAGCCUGGGGUAGGCUUGCUGGCUAGUUUACGUUGCACUGUGAUUUGGACCUCGGUUUUACUAAGGUGAUCCAUGCCCCUGUGUUUUUGCUAUUGUCAACAUGUCCCCAGCAUCGGCUGCAACGGCCAGUGAGAGCAGCACCACUACCGUUCCAGAGGAGGACACAGAAGAGAGCGCCCGCGAAGAGCAGCGGCCCCUGAAGCAGUCCCUCAGUAAGUCCCUGUGCAGGGAUAGCCACUGGAAAUGCCUGCUCCUGUCCCUACUCAUGUACGGCUGCGUGGGGGCCAUGACCUGGUGCCACGUGACCAAGGUGACGCGGCUUUCCUUCGACAGUGCCUACAAGGUCAAGUCAAUGAUGUACCACGAAAGCCCCUGCUCCAACGGAUACAUCUACAUUCCUGUGGCCUUCAUGGUCAUGCUAUACGUGGUCCAACUGGUGGAGUGCUGGCACUGCCGCACCCACAACGCACUGCUGUACAAGGUGGAUGUGGAGAGUGUGGGCGAGCGCAUCGGGUACAUGCAGCAGGCCACACCCUGCAUCUGGUGGAAGGCCAUCAGUUACCAUUAUGUGCGGCGCACGCGGCAAGUGACGCGCUACCGUAACGGCGACGCCUACACCACCACGCAAGUGUAUCACCAGCGUGUCAACACGCACGUGGCCGAGGCGGAGUUUAACUACGGCAACUGCGGCGUGAACGACAUCUCCAAGCAGCUGCAGGGCCUGGACAGCUUCCCCGUCACCAAGCUGAGGUUCACCAAGUGCUUUAGCUUUGCCAAUGUGGAGUCGGAGAACUCCUACCUAACCCAGCGGGCCCGCUUCUUCACCGAGAACGAGGGCCUGGACGACUACAUGGAGGCCCGCGAGGGCAUGCACCUGAAGAAUGUAGACUUUAAGGAGUACAUGAUUGCCUAUUCAGACCUGGACCACCUGCCCUGGUACGUGUCCAACUACGUGUUCUGGGCAGCCGCUGCCUUCACCUUCUCCUGGCCGCUGCGUGUGCUGACCGAGUACCGCACAGCCUACCUCCACUAUCAUGUGGAGAAGCUGUUCGGCUUCGACUGUGUCCCUGUCACACCAUCCGAGGAGCGACCAUACUGCCACCACAUCCCUAGGGUCAACACCAUCGAAAGCACCGAGCUGGAGUGGCACAUCCGCUCCAACCAGCAGCUGGUGCCCAGCUAUUCCGAGGCUGUGCUCAUGGACCUUGCUCAGCUUUCCUCAGGUGGCGGCAGCAAUGCCAACACCUACUCGGUGUGCGGCAGCUAUGGCAGCUACCGACAGAACUGCGAGCGCUGCCACUGCACCAUCAGCAGCUCAUCCAUCUUCUCGCGCAGUGCUCUGAGCAUCUGCAAUGGGACUAGCCCACAUAUCCCCUUCAGCGCCAGCCGUUUCUCAUUGUCGCGGCUGUACGGCUCGCGGCGCAGCUGCUUGUGGCGGAGCAGCGGCAGCCUCAACGAGACGUCGUGCCCCACAGAGAGCACGCGCUGCCUGACACCGUCGGACCAGCCAGCUAGUGAGGAGAACCCGCCGGACUACCAGGACGCACUCUACUUCCCCGUGCUCAUUGUGCACCGCAACGAGGGCUGCCUGAACCAUUCGCUGCACAUGAACGGAUCCUGCGUGGAGACCACCCUAUGACUCCCACCUAGUCUAAACCUGAACAAGGAAUGUAAUGUCACUGUCCUUUCUCUCUGGAGGUUGAUGACUGAAUAAUAGAUAUUUUUUUCCCUUACAGGGAAGGCUUAUAUGGAUCUAUUUCUCCCCCCAAUUGGACCACAGAACGACACACCAAUGGCAUUCCGGACCCCUUCCAGACCUCUUUCAACAGUUUGUCAAAGACAAACUCCAUACAGUACUGGAUUAAAUGCACCUUUUGGAUGCUCACUCCACCUUUCCAAUACCUUCCCUUGUAGCCCAGCCCAUCUCAAAUGAGGUGUCCUCCAAUGAUAUGUUCAUCGUAGUAAGUAAUAGACAAUGUAACUAUCUCAAAGUAUGUUUGAAAAAACAACAUUCACAAGCAUAGUCAGUCUGAGACAAAUGGACUUAGUGUUCUGAGAAUGAUGUUGCACAACACCACCAUUCUGGACCAAUCACAAUGCUCUGUUCAUAUCAGUUCAUGCUAGCUUCUACAUGACCUAUAAAUAGAGGAGAUGUGUAAGCAAGGUACACUAACAGACAUUUGGCCUAAGAAUAAACUCCAACUUAAAUCAUGAGAACAUCUGUUUGUGAUGUUGGAUUAAAUUGGUU